AUGGUUGCUAAAUUUCAGAGAACUGAUAGAAGAGAGAAAACAUUUGCUCAAAAAGCUCAUUUUAGAGAAUAUCAGAGAAAUCACACAGGAGAGCAACCCCUUGAGUGUGGGAAAAACUUGAGCUACAAUUUAGCCAUUAACAUGCAACAGAGAACUCACACAAUAGAGCUAUCUUGUGAUCAUAAAACACGUGAGCAAAGUUUCAGUUCUAAGGCAGCCUUCACUGUACAGCAGAGAAUUCAUGUGAGGAAAAAACACUAUGAGUGUAAUGAAUGUCCAAAAUCUCUCUUUAGGAGGUCGUCACUCAUUUUAUAUCAAAGAAGUCACACAGGUAAGAAAAUUUAUGAAUGUCAUGAAUGUGGGACAGCUUUUCCCUGGAAAUUAUCCCUCAUUGUACAUCAGAGAACUCACUCAGGGGAGAAACCUUAUCAAUGUAAUGAAUGUGGUAAAAGUUAUGCCUGGAGGUCAAGCCUUGGGAAACAUCACAGAACUCACACAGGGAAGAAACCCUAUGAGUGUAAUGAAUGUGGAACUUUCACCUCCAUGUCACACCUCAGAGAACAUCAGAGAACUCACACAGAGGAAAAACCCUAUCAAUGUAAUGAAUGUGGGAAAACUUUCCUCUGGAAGCAAGUCCUGAAUAUACAUUUGAGAACUCAUACAGGAGAGAAGCACUAUGAAUGUGUUAAAUGUGGGAGAACUUUCACACGCAAAAAAGAGCUUACACAACAUCAGAAGACUCACACGGGUGAGAAACACUAUAAAUGUAAUGAAUGUGGUAAAACUUUCAACAAGAAGUCAAAUCUUGGAAAACAUCAGAGAACUCACCCAGGGGAGAAACCUUACCAAUGUAGUGAAUGUGGGAAAGCUUUCACCUCCAUGUCAUACCACAGAGAACAUCAGAGAACUCACACAGGGGAGAAACCGUAUCAAUGUAAUGAAUGUGGAAAACCUUUCAGGCAGAGGUCAAACCUUAGAAAACAUCAGAGAAUUCACAGAGGUGAGAAACCCUAUGAAUGUAAUGAAUGUGGAAAAGCUUUCAACCAGAAGUCAAACCUUGGAAAACAUCAGAGCACUCACCACAGCAGAGAAACCCUAUGA